AUGGAGAACAACGGCCAUCCGACGUUCUCUGAACCGGCAGUGUUCAACAAACGAGAUGAGACCGAUAGCACAUCUACUAUCCUUGAUGAGCCAGAUUCGUCGCCAACCCCCCGUCCCGCCGAUGUCUCUCGCGCCGAGGAUUGGGGUUUGAUGCCGGAGAUCAAGAAACAGCACGAGCGGGAUGUUGCAUCCGGAUCCAAACGCCGCGAGCUCGGCGUCACAUGGAAGAACCUCAGUGUCGAAGUCGUCAGCGCCGACGCUGCGGUCAAUGAAAACUUCUUCUCGCAGUUCAACAUUCCUCAGCAUAUUCGGGAAUCUCGCAACAAACCUGCACUGCGGACAAUCCUCCAUGAGAGCCAUGGCUGCGUCAAACCGGGAGAGAUGCUUCUUGUCCUGGGCCGUCCGGGUUCCGGUUGUACGACCUUACUCAAAAUGCUUUCCAACCAUCGGCUUGGUUACAAGAGCGUUCAGGGUGAUGUGCGAUUUGGUUCUCUCACCCCGGACGAGGCCUCUAAGUAUCGAGGCCAGAUUGUGAUGAAUACCGAGGAGGAGCUGUUCUUUCCGACGCUGACUGUAGGACAAACACUGGAUUUUGCAACACGACUCAAGGUUCCCUCCAACCUCCCGGACGGGUUCAACUCCCCGGAAGCUUACCAGCAGGAAACCCAAGAAUUCCUCCUCAAGUCAAUGGGGAUUUCUCACACCUCAGACACGCGCGUGGGCAAUGAGUACGUGCGGGGUGUUUCUGGGGGUGAACGGAAACGUGUGUCAAUUAUCGAAUGUCUUGCCACUCGCGGGUCUGUCUUCUGUUGGGACAACAGCACACGAGGCCUCGACGCCAGCACUGCCCUCGACUGGGCGAAAGCCGUUCGCGCCAUGACCGAUGUCUACGGCUUGGCCACCAUCGUCACUCUCUACCAAGCAGGCAAUGGUAUCUAUGACCUAUUCGAUAAAGUCCUGGUUUUGGAUGAGGGCAAACAGAUCUAUUACGGCCCCAUGUCUCAGGCUCGGCCCUUCAUGGAAGACCUCGGAUUUGUCUGUCGUGAAGGAUCAAACGUUGCAGAUUUCCUGACUGGUGUCACCGUCCCCACUGAGCGCAAGAUCCAACCAGGGUAUGAGAGCAAAUUCCCACGCGAUGCGGAUGAGCUAUUGGCUGCCUAUCAAAAAUCACCCAUCAGUGCUCAGAUGGCAGCAGAAUAUGACUAUCCUGACACGGUUGCGGCGCGGGAGCGGACUCAAGAGUUUGAGCUUGCAAUAGCCAAAGAUCGAGCGAAACAAUUGCCCAAACACAGUCCGUUUACUGUCGAUUUUAUGCAGCAGGUUAAAACAUGCAUUGUUCGCCAGUAUCAAAUCAUCUGGACCGACAAAGCUACCUUGGCCAUCAAGCAGAUCUCUACUUUGCUUCAGGCAUUGAUUGCUGGCUCCCUCUUCUACAACGCCCCCAACACCUCCGGCGGAUUAUUUGUUAAAUCAGGCGCUCUGUUCUUCUCAUUGCUUUACCACAGUCUCUUGGCCAUGUCCGAGGUCACUGAUUCCUUCAGUGGUCGACCGGUCUUGAUCAAACAUAAAGCUUUCGCCUUUUUCCACCCAGCCGCAUUCUGCGUUGCUCAGAUCGCCGCCGACAUUCCCGUUCUUUUCUUCCAAAUCAGUAUCUUCGCAAUCAUCGUAUACUUCAUGGUUGGUCUUACAAUGUCGGCAUCUGCGUUUUUCACUUACUGGGUUUUGAUCUUCGUAACCGCCAUGGUGAUGACCGCGUUGUUCCGUGCCGUUGGUGCCCUCUUCGGCACAUUUGACGGGGCGUCCAAGGUGUCUGGCUUCCUGAUUAUGGCCCUGAUCUUGUACACUGGCUAUCAAAUUACCAAGCCCGAGAUGCAUCCCUGGCUUGGCUGGAUUUACUGGAUCAACCCUCUGGCUUAUGCUUUCGACGCGAUGCUAUCAAAUGAGUUCCACAACAAGAUCAUCCCAUGUGUCGGGAAUAACCUGAUUCCAAUGGGCCCAGGAUAUGAGAACACCACUUUCCAGGCCUGCGCCGGUGUUGGUGGUGCGGUCCAAGGCCAGACCUAUGUCACUGGUGAACAAUACCUGGCCUCUCUGAGCUACUCUCAUUCACACGUGUGGCGUAAUUUCGGCAUUCUCUGGGCUUUGUGGGCUUUUUUCGUUGUCGUCACCAUUGUUGCUACAACACGAUGGAAGGCUGCAUCGGAGGCAGGUAACAUGCUGCUGAUCCCUAGAGAGACAUUGCGUGAACACCAUCAGAGUCUCGCUCUCAAGGACGAAGAAUCCCAAGUCAACGAGAAAGCCCGGCCCAAAGCCCAAGGUAACGCCCAGGACCCAAGCGAAGUCGACAAACAGCUCAUUCGCAACACCUCAAUUUUCACAUGGAAAGGUUUGACCUACACUGUCAAAACCCCAUCCGGAGACCGUGUUCUGUUGGACAACGUGUAUGGCUGGGUGAAACCUGGAAUGUUGGGCGCCCUGAUGGGUUCCUCGGGCGCCGGCAAAACAACUCUUUUGGAUGUCCUGGCUCAGCGCAAGACAGAAGGCACCAUCCGCGGCUCCAUCAUGGUGGAUGGACGUCCUUUGCCUGUCUCUUUCCAGCGGUCGGCAGGAUAUUGCGAGCAGCUUGAUGUCCACGAGCCAUUUGCCACUGUGAGAGAAGCACUCGAGUUCUCUGCCUUGCUCCGCCAGCCACGUCACAUCCCCCGUGAGGAAAAGUUGAAAUAUGUUGACACUAUCAUCGACCUUCUAGAGUUGCACGAUAUUGCCAACACUUUGAUUGGUCGCGUCGGCGCAGGCCUGAGUGUGGAACAACGCAAGAGAGUCACCAUCGGCGUUGAGCUUGUUUCGAAGCCCAGCAUCUUGAUAUUCUUGGAUGAGCCCACUUCCGGUCUCGACGGUCAAUCCGCCUACAAUACCGUCCGUUUCUUGCGCAAGCUAGCCGAUGUCGGUCAGGCGGUUCUGGUCACCAUCCAUCAGCCCUCUGCGCAGCUAUUUGCGGAAUUUGACACCUUGUUGCUUCUGGCUAAAGGAGGGAAGAUGGUCUAUUUCGGCGACAUUGGUGAUAACGGACAAACCGUGAAGAAUUAUUUUGCUCGCUUCGGCGCUCCAUGCCCUACCAAUGUCAAUCCGGCUGAGCACAUGAUUGACGUGGUCUCCGGCCACCUGUCGCAAGGACGUGAUUGGAAUCAGGUCUGGCUUGAAUCACCGGAGCACACUCGCGCCGUCCAGGAACUGGAUCAUAUGAUCAGCGAGGCAGCAUCCAAGCCACCCGGCACCGUGGAUGAUGGGCAUGAAUUCGCUAUGCCCAUCAUGGACCAGAUGAAGAUCGUCACGAAGCGAAUGUGCAUCUCACUCUUCCGCAACCUAGACUACCUCAUGAACAAAAUCGCCCUUCAUAUUGGCUCAGCGUUAUUCAAUGGCUUCUCAUUCUGGAUGAUCAGCGAGAGCGUCUCAUCCAUGCAACUCCGACUCUUCACAAUCUUUAACUUCAUUUUCGUGGCUCCAGGUGUCAUCAACCAGCUUCAACCCCUGUUCAUUGAGCGGCGCGAUAUUUACGAUACUCGAGAAAAGAAGUCCAAGAUGUACUCGUGGAAAGCCUUCGUUACAGCUCUCAUUGUAUCCGAGUUUCCAUACCUGUGCAUUUGCGCGGUGAUGUACUUUGUCUGCUGGUAUUACACUGUGGGAUUCCCAUCAGCGUCUGACAAGGCCGGUGCGAUGUUCUUUGUCAUGCUUUGCUACGAAUUCCUCUACACGGGAAUCGGCCAAUUUAUCGCCGCCUAUGCACCCAACGCUACCUUCGCCGCGUUGACCAAUCCCCUCGUCAUCGGUACCCUGGUUUCCUUCUGCGGUGUCCUGGUUCCCUACGCACAAAUCCAAGCAUUCUGGCGGUACUGGAUCUACUGGCUCAACCCCUUCAACUACCUCAUGGGCAGCAUGCUGGUCUUCGGCGUCUUCGAUACCCCCGUCAAGUGUAAGGACAGCGAGUACGCCGUCUUCGAUACACCCAACGGCACCACCUGCGCCAAUUACCUCUCCACCUUUAUGCAAGGUAUUGGCUCCCGCAUGAACCUCAUCAAUCCCGAGGCCACCUCCGACUGCCGUGUCUGCGAGUAUCGGGUUGGAAGCGAUUACCUCUACACCAUCAACUUGAAUGAUUACUACUAUGGCUGGCGCGACUCGGCCAUCGUGUGCAUCUUCGUCUUUUCUUCGUAUGCGAUGGUCUAUGUUCUGAUGAAGCUCCGGACCAAGGCUUCGAAGAAGGCGGAGUGA